AUGUUGAAAUCUGAAAUUCAACAUCAAUUCUGGGUGACAAAAAAAGCUGUCCAAAGAAAAUUAGGCUCAAAAGAAGAUGAGAACAUCGUUGCUUCCGAUGGUGAGCUUGAUUCAAAAAUAGAGCUCUUUCGGUCUGUUGCAGAAAGCUGCAGUAAACUGUAUCGUAUUAUCGACCAAUAUCAGGAACGAGUUUGCAUACUAGCUCAGGAAGAGAACUCGUUGGGAAAAUUUUUACGUGAAGUAAGCAAGGAAAGCCCUACAACCGGCAAAAUGAUGUCCACAACUGGUAAAUCAAUAUCGUAUUGUGGGCAGCAACGGAUCGCUAUUCGUGUUCCGCUUUUGCGAUUACACCACGAUGUACAUACGUUUAAGGGCCGUGCAAUCGCAGACACCCACCAUACGAUACAGCUAAUGGAAAAAGAACGUACCGAAUAUCGUGCAGCAUUAAGUUGGAUGAAAUCGGUUAGCAUUCAACUCGAUCCAGACACCGGCCGAGGCCUGGAAAAGUUUCGAAAAGCCCAAAGGCAUGUAAAGGCUGCUAAAACAAAAUUCGAUAAAUACACCCUGGACUGUUUGGAAAAGAUUGAUCUUCUGGCUGCUGCAAGAUGCAAUAUGUUUUCACAUGCUCUUGUUGGAUAUCAGAACGCCAUCCUUCAGUUUUCUAAGAAAACAGAUGAAACCUACAACAAUACGCUCAAGAAUUUAGCUAAAGACCCACAUUACAAUUUUUCCAUAUUGAAGGAGCUUACACAGGCUAAUCCGAAUGAAGUAGAGAGCGACACAAGAAAAAUUCUUGAAACAUCUGAGAAACCGCUCGACGAAGAUCAAAUGCUUUUCUUUAAGGAUGAAUACAAAGAUGACUUGGGACAACACAACGCGGAAAAAAGCGAUGCGCAGAAAAACAACGUUCUAAAAGAAGUAGCAAUGGAAAUAGACGCCCUUCUCUCUGGUGUUCCAGAACUUAAUUUGAACGCAGAAGAAAAUAGGAAAGAUUGCAACACAAAUUUACUUAAUCAAACUGUUGAUUCUGCCAUAGACUUACUUGGCCUUAGUUUGGAUGACGAAUUUUCUGAUUUCAUGUCAGCACCGGCACCGUUUUUGCCUUCAACACUCUUGACGAAUUCCUCGUUCAAUGAUUCGAGAGAGUUUGACUUAGCAUCUAUCCUAUCGGAUAAAGAAGCUAUGCAACACGUGGCUGAAAAUGAUGAACAACCUCCUGAAAAUUCCGUUGAAAAUGGCAAAUCGUCUGACAAAACAACUGCAAUUUUCAGCACACUACUAAAUUCUUUUACCAGGCAGAGUUCCAGUAAUAUAGCUAACGCUAACACAUCGACGAAUGAUUCUUUGCCAUCCAAAUGUCGCGACACCAAGUUGACAAAGGACAACAAGACGCCAGGAAAAGAUCUAAGCGGGUGGUAUCAACUUUUUGCUGAACUAGAUCCACUAUCUAAUCCGGAUGCCAUCCCGUCAAAAACCGAUGCUCCAAACAAUAGUAUGGCUGCUUGAAAACACACCGUUCAUUUUCGACCAAGGAACUUAAGGCAAAGCACAUUUGGUUGUUUGGUUGCGUUUGUUCGUUUGGUUAAUUUUACAAUUAUGUCAAUGUUAUUGUUAGCAUCUAUUGAAACGAUAACUUACGUACUAUUUUAACACAUAAAUGAUGUUUAAUUAUAUUU